UGUCUUUACCCCGGAGUUGGACUGUUCAAACUGCUCAGUGCUAUGGAGUGACUUUCCAGUGGAAUAUGCAUUAAGGACUACCACCUCCCUAAUUUGUUAAUCUAUGUGAGGACCGUUACGUUUAUCUGCAGUAUUUUUUGGGAACGCUUAAAAUAUUUACAAGAUGCCACGCUCAUUCCUUGUAAAGAAACACUUCAACUCAUCUAAGAAGCCGAAUUACAGUGAACUUGAAGGUCCAACAGUAUUUAUUUCACCAUGCCUUUACAAAAGUCAUCCAAUGCCGCUCAUCCCUCAACCGGAGAUCCUUAGCUCUGUGGCAUAUAACCCUAUCACGGUAUGGACUACGAGCAAUUUGCCACUCUCUCCGCUCCCAAGUGACCUAUCGCCUGUGUCAGGAUACCCAUCCUCGCUCUCAGACACGUCCUCCAAAGACCACAGCGGUUCGGAGAGCCCCAGAAGCGAUGACGAUGAUCGCAUGCUCACUAAGCUCACGGACCCUCUCGCCGUGGAGGCUGAAAAGUUUCAAUGCAGUUUGUGUAGCAAGUCGUACUCCACGUACUCCGGGUUGAUGAAGCACAAGCAACUACACUGCGACGCUCAAACGAGGAAAUCUUUUAGCUGUAAAUAUUGCGAGAAGGAGUACGUCAGUCUUGGAGCUUUAAAGAUGCACAUCAGAACUCAUACGCUGCCUUGUGUCUGCAAGAUAUGUGGGAAAGCUUUCUCUAGACCAUGGUUGCUUCAGGGGCAUAUUCGAACACAUACAGGCGAGAAGCCCUUUUCCUGCCCACACUGUAGCAGGGCCUUCGCCGACAGGUCCAACCUCAGGGCUCACCUCCAGACCCACUCGGAUGUGAAAAAAUACCAGUGCAAAAACUGUUCCAAAACCUUCUCCAGAAUGUCUCUUCUGCACAAGCAUGAGGAAUCUGGCUGUUGUGUAGCACACUGAGCUGGACUACUGCCCCACCAAAGCCUUCAAUGCCAGAUUUCAGUGUCACUGUCAAGUCUCAAAGGUGAUCUGGAGGCCUUAUUGAACACUGCAUACGUAUGCUUAUGCUGAAAUAUUUUGUUGUUGUUGUUGUUGUUGUUGCUUCAGAAUGUCUGCUACAAUUCAGUGUAACGGAACUGGAGUUUACACUUGCGAUAUCAAGUGUCUUUUCACAUGCUUUCAUCUGAACAGUAUUCUUGCUGUGGCAAUCAGUGUUGGGCUUCUGCCUCCAGUAUACUGUAAAUGAACUCUUGGUAGGCUGAGAGGGUUUUGUAAUGUAAGCCCUGACUAAAUGUUUUAUUCCAAAGCCAAGCUGCCUUAUGGGAUAGGUUUCUGGUGUGGUCACCAUUGUAUUUAAUUGAGAAAACAUUCCACAUGGUUUAUGGUUUAACAAAUGAAAGAACUGGUGCCUUUUGUUAGGAAUAGCUGAAGCCAUUACUACAUUGGGAAGAAGUGCUACAUUUCCUGUUGUACUUCAAGUAUUUCAUCUGUUGCACAAUAGUGAGACAACAGCUGUUUACCAGCACUCAAAUUGCAAUACUUUUUGAUAAGUGCCUUACAAUGAUUUGGUGUUUCUUAUGUUUUUAUAAACAUUUUUUGCUAUUGUAUUUUAUAAAUAUAUAUAUUGAAUGUAUGUGUGACUGAAGUGAUUGUAUCUUGAUGGUGUGCAUUUUUUAAAAGAAUGAAUGAAUGAAUGAAUGAAUGUCAGAACUGUUCUUUUUUUACACUUUUUAAAUAAAAUGAAAGAAUGUCCUUGAA